UAAAAUUUAAUUACGACAAUUAAUAUUACAUUUUUUGUGAAAUGACCCACCUUAUUUCCUUUCUUAAGGAGUUGGUCACCUUACUCUUGAUAUAUCCUAUCUCGUCGAGAUAAAAUUUGACUUUUUGCCUCCCACUACGUGGAAACGAAAGAGACAACAGAGGGAAAGGUCGCGUUAAAAUAAACUCCGAACUCGAUCUCUAAUGUCAACGGUUCAACGGUCUGCGUCAUUUCAAUUCCGGAGUGGCGCGUGUCGAGUUAAUCGAUAGCCAAUUACGGGAUAAAAUUGGAGUGGAACGUUCAAUUUCACAAUAUCGAAAGUCGCAAAAAUCUCUAAUCGAUUAAUGCGAGGGACAUGACACGCCGUGUCAUGUUCUCGUAAGAUUGCGCAAUGUUGGUGGUGUCCCAACGAGAUGUCGGGUCGGGGGAUCGUACGCUCUACUACGCGUUACUACGUAGUUGGUAGAAGAGAAGACUCACGAGCUCCCUGCAGUGGUCAUUGCACCGACGUUGUUUACGACUCAGUCAGAACUCACCGUAUGCAUGUAGACGUGCCUAUGACGAGAAAUCGCAUGAAUCAGAAUUGCUCGAACGGAAUAGUGCGAGAAUUAAAUUGCGCAAGAACAAACUGUCGUUUGUUCGUUCUACCUGUUUCCCCCCCUUCUCUCUCUCUCUCUCUCUCUCUCUCUCUCUCUCUCUUCGCGUAUUCCGAAUUCAAACGGCGCGAGAUAGCAAGCGUACGCGACAAACUUCACGUCGCGCGCGCAGGCUCGCCGCACGAACGUCUCUCGGUCUCGAAUCUCCCCCGAGGCGUUUGAUCGCGUUCGUCGCGUUCCAGGAAACGAAGGUUCUACCUCUCCUUCGGCGCCUGUAUCCAAUCGAGAGCCCCAAGUCGCGUCCGACCUUGCCUUGACGUGAGAACGCGAUGCCACACGUGGCUCCGUGCACGUAGCGUCACGCACUUUGCGCUAUUCGCCUACACUUACACAAUCACACACGCACACGUUUUCACAGCCGUGACACCACGCGCGCUCACGUGUAAUUCCGACGUGACGUAUAGGAUUUUCGGGGGAUUAUCACACUCGCACGUGCAUCGAUCAAGCCGUGACACUACGCGCGCGCGAUGCUUAUUCCCACGCAAAUCACACUGUCGCUAAAUAAGAACGAGUCACAACGAGAACGAACAUGACGCGACGGCGCGCCGGGUCAACUAACCCUUAUGAUUUUUCGUACCGUGGUGUAACGCGACGCGGCGCUGCGGCGACGAUUGCCGAAAACUGCCGAGUUGCCGAGGACCUGCGGGCUGCGGGGCAGACCGGCCCGCCGUUGCUCCUACGCUUCAAGCGGCAAUUUCAGCCAGCUUCAGCCGAGUCCCGUCUCCCGGCGAACUUCGCGUCUUCGUUCGCGCCAGACUGCCAAAAUCCGAUCGCGGUCAGUUUUCCACGUAGUAGUAAAUUGGUCCGUCCAACGGUUUCCCUUCACCGCGCCUCACCCUUCUACCGCCCUUCGAAUUUUUGGAAUGUAAGAAAUCGAGCCUGGUUCUUUUCCAUAUAGACGUAUCUAAGAAUCUCCUGAAGACGAGGAACACACGACGACCAAAAGCAUCAAUGCGCGGCCAGGCGAGGCGAAGGGGAGAUCUGGAGAACGAAGAGAGGAAAAUGCAUGGUGUUCGUGCAUGGUGUUCGUGCAUGGUGUUCGUGCAUGAGUGACGUCGUGUCGCAUAAUUGUGCUCACGAGUUCGCCGACACGGUGCGGUACGACGCGAAACGAAAGGGGACGGAGAAGGAACGUAAACGUUUGCCAUCGACGAAGCGUGCCCUAGGUCUUGGCCAUAUGCAGCUGCAGCUGAAGAGAGAGAGAGAGAGAGAGAGAGAGAGAGAGUCAAACCACGGUCGCCCUUCCCGCCGCAUGAUGAACCACGAGGGUCUUCGCUACACAGGAUGAACUCGCCGACUUUGUUUCCAGUUUUUCGAUUAUUAACGAAAAGUCGCGAAUCGAAACAUCAAACAGAUUGUAGUUUCAUGUGAUGAUACUUUUAUUCUUCCGUCAUAAUAUAAUAAAAAUACGUGUCACGAAUUGUGAUUAAUGUUGGGAGUGCCGUGAUGUAAUUAAUCGGUGUUUUCGCGAGCGAGCGUUGUGCCAUGAAGGAUCUAUGGAGAAGCGAGAGAAGAAAAAGCCCAGGAACAUCCUAAACAGGAUCAACAUAGUCGGAAAGUAGUCAUAACUCUGUUGCUGCACAUCAUAUCGCCAGUCUAAAGGCGAUUCACUCGCAUACACAGGAUCUCGUUAACGGAGCGCGGGAGAGUCGAGAAGAAGGAAGAACGCAGCACACAAAGGAUUUCCACGGGACGCGGCACGCCGUCCGUCCUUCCGUACGCAAGAAUGCAGGAUCAGGAUGAAUUUUACAGGACCCUCUGCUCGUCGGAGACUCUACGUUCCGGCAAGAAGGGAUUCUUCCACGAUUUUAGCGGGCACGUAAUGCAAACUGCGGGCGAUACCUGGACGUCGAGGACAUUCGGCCGGAUCGAUGACAACGAGGGACGGGUUAGGGCGAUCUUCACCGACGCGAAAGUAAAAGACGUCGUGACUGACACGCUCGCAAAGGUGAAGCUCCUUUUCAGAGACAAGGAUGCUGAGAUCUCCAAGCGCAGGCGACUCGAAGGAUACCAGCUCGCCGCCGUCGGUGAACACGACAAGGCUCUUUUGCUGUUCAGUCAGGCUGUCUUGCGCGCCCCUCAACCAGGUCACUACAAAUGUGGUAGAAACAAGAACGUUGAUCAGGGUCUUUCGUUGUCUCUGGCGCUGCUGGGAAGAGCUGAGAUCUUUAUAGCUCUCAAAGAAUACUAUUUUGCGCUGGAGGAUCUGCAACUGGCCGCCGAACAUGAUUUGCCGGAUAAAUUGAUGCAAGAACUUGAGCGAAAGAACGAGCAGUGCGAGCGUUGUUUAAAAGACAACGAGAACUCUCUGGUGCCCUUCGACCCCCGCAUCAACAAGAUGGCUCAAUUGAUUUCAGACAAGGAGAAAAGCAAUAGUGGUGGCGGCGACGGCACGCCGUUAAAUGGCGCCGUUAAUUCCGAGCUUCGUUGGUCAUCCGGCGCCCUGGAAAUCCGUGAGACCACGACGGCGGGUAAACACGCCGUCGCAACCGCGGAGAUACAUCCGGGUGAUAUUCUGUUAGUCGAGCCGCCGCUGGCGGGCUGUCUCCUGCCCGAGUUCUACGGCACCCAUUGUCAGCAUUGUUACGCAAGGCUAAGAGCGCCGGUUGGAUGCCCGAACUGCAGCUGCGUUGCCUUUUGUGGAAAGAAAUGCAGAGAAGUCGCGAUGGCGACAUAUCAUAAAUACGAGUGCAAAGUCCUGGCGUUGCUGAUAGGCUCUGGCAUGAGCGUGCUCAGCAUGGUCGCUCUUCGGAUGGUAACACAGGAGGGUCCACGAAAGUGUUUGAAGAUCUACGAGGAAUUAAAGAAGAACGACGUGGAAAGGGUCGCGAUGCUUUUGGCGGCUACCUCUACUACGACGCCGACGGCGACGCCGGAUACACACGACAUGAAAUCGCCGGUGAGCAGUAAGUCAGCCAAAAGAAGAAUCAGACGGAGAAAACUCAAGGAAUCUAGACGAGAGGAAAUUAAGAAGAUGGAGGAGAUGAUGGAGGAGAAGGGCACAAAAGAGUCCCGCGAAGGCGAUGACGAGAGCGUCGACGUGGCUCCGUAUAACUUGGUGACGCACGCGGACAAACGGACGAGCAGAGACUUUCUACAGAGAUCGCUGAUGGCAGCCUUUCUGCUCAAAUGUCUGCAGAGAGUCGGUUUUUUCGCAAACCCCACGCCGGACGAUGAAGUCCCGGGCGUCGAGGAGGUCACCGUGGCCGCCCUGCUGCUGAGGAACCUGCAGCUGCUCCAAUUUAACGCCCACGAGUUUUUCGAGACGCGAAUGAGUGCGGAGCAUCGAUUUCAUGGCAGUCGUCCGGUCUACCUCGGCGUGGCGAUUUAUCCCUCGGUCGCCCGUUUCAAUCACGACUGCUAUCCCGCAGUGACGAGAUACUUCAUUGGGCGACAUAUCGUAAUAAGGGCUAUACGCGGUUUGGGGCCCGGCGACGUUAUUGCCGAAAACUAUGGACCGAUAUUCACGAAGAGGACUCUCGCCGAGCGUCAAAGGACACUGACAGGAAGAUAUUGGUUCCAGUGUACGUGCAAGGCCUGCCAGGAGGAUUGGCCGUGCUUUGAGAAUCUGACGAACGAUUCUGUCAAGUUGAGGUGUCCUACGGUAGGAUGCGGCGGACUGCACUUGCGAUCCCGGCAGGGUAAGCCGAUAAAAUGCCCAGACUGUCAAAAGAAAAUCUGCUUGGAGGAUCGGCUCGCGUGUCUACGGGAGUGCGAGGCUCUGUACGAACGUGGAUUGGCCAGUAUGGAAAACGAAAGGGUCGAUGAGGCGAUCGAGACAUUCUGCGACGCCCUGAAGAGAUUCCACCAAGUCGCCUGUCCACCGCAUCGGGACACACACCUGGCCGAAAUUGCUUUAAGCUCCUGUCUGGCUGACUACGGGAAUACUUGGCGACCGGUGGCGCUUUGAAGAACGCACAGAUGGAGAAGGAAGCUGACUUGAACGGAUCCUGUAACCAUGCGGGUGACCGUGGCGACAGUUCUCGAAGAUGUCCUUCGAAUAAAA